CCGGAGCUGCCCGAGGCUCGCGCGUCCCGGAACGCAUCCCGCCGCUGGGGCAUGGGCGCCGCGGGCCCGCUCUGGGUUUUCUUGGCUCUCGUCGCGCCAGGGGUCCUCGGGAUUUCUUGUGACCCUCCUCCUUCUAUCAAAAAUGGUUGGAGUAGUUAUCAUUCUGACCCCAUACCUCGUGGUACUGUGGUAAGAUACUCUUGUUUACCCACCUUCCGCCUCAUCGGAGAAAAAACUAUUUUUUGUACAAGUAAAGACCAAGUGAAAGGAAUCUGGGAUAAAGCUGCUCCUAUAUGUGAAUAUUACAAUAAAAAUUCUAUUUGCCCUGAGCCCACAGUACCAGGGGGAUACAGAGAAAAAGGAUCUAGGCCACCAUACAGGCAUGGCAAUUCUGUGACAUUUACGUGUAAAGCCAACUUCACCAUGAAAGGAAACAAAUCUGUCUGGUGCCAAGCAAAUAAGACAUGGGGGCCGACACCCCUGCCCACCUGCGAGAGCGAUUUCCCUCUGGACUGUCCGCCACUUCCCACAAUCCCCAAUGGACAUCACACAGCGGAGACUGUUGGCACCUUUGCCCCAGGAUUGUCUGUGACUUACACCUGUGAACCUGGUUACUUGCUUCAUGGAAAAAAGAUCAUUAACUGCUUGUCUUCGGGAGACUGGAGUGCUGCUACCCCCACAUGUAAAGAGGCAAAGUGUGAAUCUCCAGAACGACUUCGCAAUGGACAGGUAGAGAAGCCUCCCAGUCUUCGGGCUGGUGCAACUGUGAACUUUUCCUGUAACGAAGGGUAUCGAUUACAAGGCCCACCUUCUAGUCAGUGUGUCAUUGCUGGACAGCGAGCUGCUUGGACCAGGAUGCCAGUAUGUGAAAAAAUUUUUUGCCCACCACCUCCCUCCAUUUUCAAUGGAAGACAUACAAGCAGCUCUUCAGCAAAACUUCCAUAUGGAAGCACAGUCACUUACACUUGUGACCCAAGCCCAGAGGACGGAGUGAACUUCAUCCUGACUGGGGAGAACACCAUCCAUUGUACAACUGAUAGUCAGAAGACUGGGACCUGGAGUGGCCCUGCUCCACGCUGUGAACUUUCUGCUUCUGCAGUUCAAUGUCCACAUCCCCAGAUCCCAAGAGGCCAUAUCUUAUCUGUGCAGAAAGAGCAAUAUUCCUAUAAUGACACUGUGGUAUUUGAUUGCAUAUCUGGCUUCACCUUGAAAGGCAGCAGGAGGAUCAGAUGUAAUGCCCACGGCACGUGGGAGCCCCCAGCUCCAGUCUGUGAAAGGGAAUGCCAGGCUCCUCCUAAAAUCCUCAAUGGGAAAAAGGAAGAUAGACACAUGGUUCUCUUUGACCCUGGAACAUCCAUAAAAUAUAGCUGUGACCCUGGCUAUGUGCUGGUGGGAGAAGAAUCCAUACAUUGUACCUCUGAGGGAGUGUGGACACCUACGGCUCCCCAAUGCAAAGUGGCAGAGUGUGAACCUAUAGGAAAGCAACUCUUUACAAAACCCCAGAAUCCAUUUAUUAGACCAGACGUUAACUCUUCUUGUGAUGAGGGGUACCGGUUAAGUGAGAGUGUUUAUCAGCAGUGUCAAGGAAAAAUUCCUUGGUUUAUGGAGAUUCGUCUUUGUAAAGAAAUCACCUGCCCACCACCCCCUGUCAUCUACAAUGGGACACACACAGGAAGUUCCUCAGAAGACGUUCCAUAUGGAACCACGGUCACUUACACAUGUAACCCCGGGCCGGAGAGAGGAGUGGAAUUCAGCCUCAUUGGGAAGAGCGCCAUCCGGUGCAUAAGCGAUGAUCAAGAGAGAGGCACCUGGAGUGGCCCUGCUCCUCUCUGUAAACUGUCCCUCCCUCCUAUCCAGUGCUCACAGGCCCAUGUUGCAAAUGGGUACAAGAUAUCUGGCAAGGAAGCCCCGUAUUUCUACAAUGACAGUGUGACAUUCAAGUGUAAUGAUGGAUUUACUUUGAAAGGCAGUAGUCAGAUUCGUUGCAAAGCCAAUAACACCUGGGAUCCUGAAAUACCAGUUUGUGAAAAAGGCUGCCAGCCACCUUCUGGGCUCCACCACGGUCAGCAUACGGGUGGAACUACGGUCCUCUUUGUCUCUGGGAUGGCUAUACACUACACUUGUGACCCUGGCUACUUGCUUGUGGGAAAUAAGUCCGUUCACUGUAUGCCUUCAGGAGACUGGAGUCCUUCUGCCCCACGGUGUGAAGAAGCAUGUCAGUCGAUGAGGGAAGACCUUCAAGAGCUUCCAGUUGGUUCACGUGUGGAACUAGUUAACACAUCCUGUCAAGAUGGCUACCAGUUGAUUGGACAUGUUUAUCAGAAGUGUCAAGAUGCUGAGAAUGGGGUUUGGUUCCAAAAGAUUCCACUUUGUAAAGUUAUUCACUGUCAACCUCCACCAGCAAUUGACCAUGGGAGGCACACGGACAUGGCGGCAGAGCACUUUCUAUAUGGAAAUGAAGUCUCUUAUGAAUGUGACCAAGGAUUCCAUCUUUUGGGAGAGAAAAAUGUGUGGUGCACAAGUGAUUCAAAAGGACAUGGAACUUGGAGUGGACCUCCCCCACAGUGCUUGCAAUCUCCACCUAUAACUCACUGCCCUAACCCAGAAGUCAAACAUGGAUACAAGCUCAACAGAACUCUGUCCAUGUAUUCCCACAACGACAUAGUAUACAUUGCUUGCAAUCCCGGCUUCAUCAUGAAUGGCAGUCACGUGAUUAGGUGUCAUACUGAUAACACAUGGAUGCCAGGUGUACCCAUUUGUAUCAGAAAGGCUUUCUUAAGGUGUCAACCUCCAUCUAAGAUCCCCAAUGGGAAUCACACUGGUGGAAAUAUAGCUCAGUUUGCCCCUGGAAUGUCAAUCCUGUACAGCUGUGACCCGGGCUACCUGCUGGUGGGAGAAGCGCUCCUCCUUUGCACACAUGAUGGAACCUGGAGCCAACCUGCCCCUUAUUGCAGAGAGGUAAACUGUAGGCCCCCAGAGGAUAUGAAUGGAAUCCAGAAGGGGCUGGAGCCUAGGAAAAUGUAUCAGUAUGGAGCUAUCGUCACUUUGGAGUGUGAAGACGGGUAUACCAUGGAAGGCAGUCCCCAGAGCCAGUGCCAGGACGAUCACCAGUGGAACCCGCCCCUGGCUGUUUGCAGAUCCCGCUCACUUGCUCCUCUUCUUUAUGGUAUUUCUGCAGGUUCAGUACUUCUUAUUUUUUUGAUUUGUGCCAUCUUAUGCAUAUUAAAACGCAAAGAGCGCUGCCUAGUGGCUAAAGUCUUCUGUGAUAGAGAACAUGCAGGGCAGGGCACCGUAGGCUGUUGCCAGGAGCUUGGGUUCUUGCGGUGGAAGAUACAUGGGAAGGAGGGGGCUUCUGGGGCUGCUGUCCAGCAGUUCAAGCCUCCUGGGGUGGGAGCUGCAAAGGGCAAGGCUCCCAGGGCUGGUGCUGAGCCUCUGAGUCCUCAUGCUAGGAAAGCUAUGAGGGCCAAGGAUCCCGUGGCUGGUACAGGACUGUUCAGGCCUCUCCCGGCGAAAGCUGUGAGGGGUGAAGCUCUUGGGGCUGGUGCCGGGCUGCUGAGGCCUCUCCUGGUAAGAAUCGUGAGGGGUGGGGUUCCCAGGGUUGGUGUAGAGGUGCUCAAGUCACUUCCAGCAGGAGCCACAGGGGUAGGGCUCCUGGGGCUGGUGCCAGGCCGCAGAGGCCUCUCCUGGAAGGAGUUGCAAGGGGUGAGGCUCCUGGGGCAGGUAUAG